AUGCCUGGACGCGUCAGCGAGCACCAUCAAGAGGAGCUUAGCAAAUUUCUUAAAUUUUUCCGCUCACGUCUUAAAACGCAUUUAGAAAAUGUUGAAGCGGAUUUUGAAGACACGCGCUCAGAUCGUUUGACAUCUGAAGAAGUUUACAGUCAAAAAGAGAUUCAAGAAAUUAUCAAAUCGUUAUGCUACGCUGUUCAGGCCAAUAUUCGCAGCGAAUUACAAGAUACGAUCAAUAUGAUGGCGUUAUUGUUACGUCAGAUUUUCAUUGAGGCAGAAGAUAGUAAUCUGGUGCUUGGACUCGAUAUUGCAUUGGUAGAAGAUAAGGAGCUACUCGAGCGUGUGGAGAAGCUUAGUGUCUCAGAGUGGACAAGUGGAGACUUGAGUAGUGUCGGAGCGUUAUCAAAAGCAAAAGUGCCUGUCCAUAGUGACGUAACAGCAAAACUGGAAAGAAAGCUACAACUCGAAAUGGAGCAACACGAAAGUGAAAUUCGUGCCGCAAAAGUAACUUCUAAGCAGCAAAAAGAGGCGCUGGAAGCCAUACAUGCAAAGGAAGUGCGUAAGUUGCAGCGGAAACUUGAACAAGCAAACAAUCAUGUGCAAGAUCUAGAGAAAGAAGUUGAAAGUAGUCGACAUCACAUCGCACAGACGACGCAGUUCCAGACUAUGAAGCGCAUGGUGACUACCAAGAAUCAACAGCUUCAGGAUUUGAGACGUAGACUGCAGCGUUACGAGCCGGACUAUGCAGAGGAUGAUGGUGAGACUAAAAAUGCUGACGAUGAAUAA